UUCAUGGUCAAACAAAUUCGUGACGAGAUAUGGAUAAAUGAAAACGGCUCAAAGCAGGAAUAUAAAAAUGAUAAAGCCCCCAUGGUCCCCUUCCUUCUUACGUUAGAGAAUUUGUACUCACCGUCCUUUUGUGCCCAUCUGUUCUUAGCAGUUGGCCAGCAAGCUAAACAAGACUUCAAUCUUUCAUCCUAAAUCAGAUCCUGCCACAGGAAUUGUACUUGUUGACUUCGUAGAUUGACAAACAGGAACACCUUUCUCGCACUCGAAGGAUGAGUGGAUUCAGAAACAGCGAUGACCAAGAUCCCUACGAGCCAGUCAAGACUCCAUUAAAAGUUCUUUAUGUAAGAGAGGCACCCACACCCGAUGUACUUGCUCGUAUUCCAAGCAUUGACGGAGACACACUUGGAGGAAAGACGCUGCGAGAAGCAAGUGAAAGUCCAGCAGCAGCCUCCGGCAAUCUUCAACGGAAACUGAAAAGUCGACAUAUGAAAAUGAUUGCCAUUGGAGGAUGUGUGGGAACAGGUCUUUUUGUCGGCAGUGGAAACGCCUUAUCAGACGGUGGUCCUGCAAGUAUUGUAAUUGCAUUUAUCAUUGUUGGCCUGUACGUUCUUUGUACCACUAGUGCUCUUGCAGAGCUUUCGGUCGUGUAUCCAUCCCCUGGUUGCUUUUACAAGUACUUCUCCCGGUUCAUCCAUCCCGCAUGGGGCUUCUCUGUCGGCAUUCAAUACUGGCUUGCAUUUUCGGUAACGAUUCCGCUGGAGCUAACUGUAGCGCCAAUGGUUAUAAACUUUUGGAACGUGCACGUUCGCGCGUCUGUUUGGAUUUCCAUCUUUUUUGUCAUACUUAUCGGCAUCAAUUUUGUGGGCGUCAAGGGGUAUGCUGAAGUGGAAUUUGCAUUGAGCAUUGUGAAAGUUCUUGCCGUUUUUGUCUUUAUUAUACUUAGCAUCAUCAUUGACGUGGGUGGCAUACCUAACAACGACCUGGGUACUGUGGGUCUACGGUACUGGCAGAACUCGAUGGCAUUCCGGAACGGGCUGAAAGGAUUCUGUUCGGUGCUUGUAAUUGCCGUCUUUUCCCUUUCCGGAACAGAACUUGUUGGUCUUGCAGCCGGAGAAGCACAAAACCCAAACAAAACCAUACCGAAAAUCGUGAAGCAAAUAUUCUGGCGUGUCCUUUUGUUUUAUGUCGUAGGACUGUUUAUGAUGACGCUCAUCGUGCCAGGCAAUAUUCCAGAGUUGCGCUCAGAGAGCACGUCAGAAGAACUUAUUUCGCCAUUUGUACUGGCCUUACAACUGGCAAAUCUAAGGGCCCUACCAAGUAUCAUGAACGCGGUUAUCCUGUUAUCCACUAUUUCGGUUGCGAACUCCGCGUCGUACGCAGCCGGGCGAACACUAUUCGCCCUUGCCAAGAAUGGAUAUGCUCCCAAAAUUUUCCGACGCACGACGAAGAAGGGAGAACCACGGAAUGCAACAAUAGGUGUCUUGUGCUUCGGCUGCAUUGCGUAUGUCGCUGAGGCAGGUUUAGGGGGUGCAGUCUUCAACUGGCUGUUGUCACUAUGUGGUCUUUCAACCAUUUUCAUAUGGGGAAGCAUCUGUUUGGCUCAUUUGCGUUUUCGAAAAGCAUGGAAACUUCAAGGACAUACGUUGAACGAACUCUUGUUUACAAGCAAAUUCGGUAAGCUUGGUUCGUACUACGGUGUAAGUAUGACUGUGCUGUGCCUAAUAGCGCAAUUGUACAUUGCCUUGUUUCCUAUCGGACGGAAAACCAACGCGAUUGAUUUCUUCCAGGCAUACUUGGCAGCUCCGGUAGCAUUCUUCUGCUUUCUAUUUUGGAAACUGUACAAAAAAGAAGAGCGGGUUCCGCUGGACAAAAUCGAUCUCAUGGAGGGUUUUAAUGGACGCAUUACUGAAGACCUUGAGACAGCCAUUGAAACUUCUGACAUUGUCCAAGUGCAGUUUUCUCCGAAAAUGAAAAUGAUAAAGGAGAAGGAGGCGCUUGUCUCCGUUGCCGAGCAGCCUGAAGACUAGUACACGCCUCCGAAGCAGCUUUCAUUAUGCGAACAGAGCUUGACGAAUUUCAGCUCCUCAUCCAAGAAGCCCAGCUUCCUCGCUCAAAUCGCCAAUUCAGUCGCAACACUUAUGCAGAUCAUGACAUCAUAAACAAAAUAAAGUACAUUUAUGCGAAAAUGUUCCAG